AUGCCAACCGUCUUACUCCCAUCUUCGGCCGCUGCCUUUGCGCCGCGAUCCUCGCCCAAUGUCGUUUUGAACAGCAAGGUCGCGCCCUGGUUGACGGCGACUUUGAAACGAGUCAACCGGGUGAAGCGCCCUCUGAACAACGUCACCCAACAUACCCGGUGUUUGACAGAGACGCUCUCAUCAACAAAUGCGAUCUGGACCUUAUGCUCGAUGAUGUUCUCCAAGGCCCCCAAAGCUGAGCUGCGCAAGGAUGAUAACCCCUUGGUGGAAGGCCUCUUCAACUUCCAGAUGGUCCAUAUCGAGGCCUAUGUCGUACACGUCGACAUGGUCUCACGGAACGAGGUGGCGUUCAAGCUGACCCCGGAGACGAUCGAAGCCUUGGUGGAUUUUCAUAAAGACAUCUACUCGGUCGACGCUGCCGCCAACACUUGGGAAUGGUCUGGAAAGCAAGCUCAGCUGAAGAAGCUGCAGGAGGAGUUUGUCCAAGCUGCUAACAGAUUCGUAUACCGGGCCAACGCCGAGGCUCUGGAGGGACUUGAGGAGGAUGGUGCAGGAGAGUUGCUCAGUGGCCGGAGUGAGGAGGCCAAAGCAGCCAUCACAGGCUUGUUUGUGCCGCUUUUGCCUCCUCCACCUCGCGUGGUUGACAUUCUGCGCCCGGUGCCUCUCCUGCCUAGCUCGACCGGCCCUGAAACCUGGUGGCAUAAUCCUAUCCCACCGUCGGCGCCUCUCGAUUCGUGGAAGGUACUGCCGCCCAGCCCAUCCCCGGCUAGCACGGGUGAUUCUAAUCCGAAUCUUUGGGCCAGUAUUGGUUUCAGUGAGGCCCAGCUACCUUCACCGACCCCCUCCUACAGCCAACCCUAUACCACCGCCCCGUACCAGACAUACGACUGCAUGGUGACGACCUCGGCGGCCAUGUCAUCUCUUCCCCUCCCCAGCAUGCUCUGCAGCACGACAGCCAACAUAGGCAUGGGAAUGGGAAUCGGUAUGGGCAUGGGCUUCGGCUGGGAUAGCUUCGCCGCCCCGUUACCAUACGGCACGACCAUAUAG